GACACGCUUACUCGGGGAUUACAGACAGGGAUUAGGCUAUGCACAGGAAGAGCAGAAAUUGCAUUGAGGCCUUUCUUUGGCGAUGCGUUUUUGCGAUUUUGGCACACAGAUUCACGUCACAGCAUUUUCAUCUGUGCCAGUUUUGCUUAACCUCCCAUUGACACCUGGUAGCCUGACGUUUCGCCGAGAGUUUAAAGGUAGCAUCUUUUGCAGAGGAUAAUGGCUGACAUUCCCCAGCUGAUCAAAGUCUCCGUAUCGUUGAAAACGACGCCCAACGAGGGACCCGUGUUCUUCAAAACCGAUGGGACUAGAUUUGAUCAGAGCAGGACAAUAAAAUUACUCACUGGAACGAAAUACAAAAUUGAAGUGGUCGUCAAACCCGGGGCGGUGCAGGCUACUCCAUCCUUUUACUCAUUUUUGAUAACCAUCAGGACCAUGACUAUAGGGGGAGUGACCUUCUCCUUGGAGCAGCAGUCCAAGGAUCCUCAGUCAGCAGCGUACACUGGCUUAUACAGCACAGAAGGUGUGAACCAUACCAAGAGUGGCGAGAGACAACCUGUCCAAAUAAGCAUGGAGUUCCCUGAUGCUGGUCAGUUUGAGACAACGUGGCAGGUGAAGUACUACAACUACCACAAGCGGGACCACUGCCAGUGGGGCAACAGUUUCAGAAGCAUUGACUAUGAGUGCAAGCCUAAUGAGACACGCAGCCUCAUGUGGAUCAAUAAAGAGAUGUUCGUCUGACUAGGGAAUUGGCGCGACUUGCUGUCACUCCGCCUGGUUAAAAGUGAUUGAUAAACCUCACUACUGAGACGUCAUUGAUCAGGCCUGUCAGUGGACUGUACAUAUCAUGUCAUUACCAGUUCCUGUUGCCUCAGUGUUCAUGUGAACUGUGACUUGUGUGUGUUUGUGUGAAUUAGGUGAUCCAGUGGUGAUAUGUGGGCGUUGUCAUAAUGUAACUGACAUUUACCAGCAGUUGAGUCAAUAAUGUUUAAUUCAGGCAAACACAGAAUAUUAACCAGUCCAAUACAGAUCCUGGAGAAUAAUGACCAGCUAGUUACUGGUGCCACUCUCAAUAUGACUGUCUAAAGGAGGUGGAAUGCUUCUCCGUGCACAUUUGCGCGCGUCGAAGACGUGUGUGAAUGACGCGCGGUCACAAUUGUUGGGAGGCCCACGAUGCCCCUGCAUGGCGUGUUGUUGUCGCAAUUCUCGUCAUGCUCCCGUGCACGGGACAAAGACGCAGGACAAACAAUAGUGAAUCUUGUUGACAAAAAAGAAACAGAAACAGCUCAUAUUUUUUAACACUGACAUGACGUCACUGACAAGCUCCAAGUUCGCUAAGAGACUAAACAAAUGCAGUGUAAACCAGGCCUAUUAGAGAGGAGGGUUAUAGCUGGCCAUUAUUUUCCAAGAUCUGUAUGUUCUUUUGACUUUCUCAAUCCCUAUGCAGUUGUCUUAUGUUCUACCUCUGGAGAGCCCAAUCAGACUGAGGGAUACUACCUAAGUGCUGACAGAUUCAAGGGUUAAUUUAAAUAUCUUGUUUGUGAACUGUGAUAGUGUAGAAAAUAAGCUACCCUACCUGCCUACAUAUCAGUUCUGAUCUGUGUUUGUUUGUGAAAUAUUUUGUAUUUCCAGUCACGUCAGAACCUAAAUAGAAAGUGCAUUUGCACACAUUUGUAUUUUGGCCAUAAAUAAACCAGAGACAUUUUUAAAAGCUUAA